AUGCGGCGACGACGGUGCCUGCUCCUCGCCGCCGCCGUCCUCCUCCUCCUUCACCACGCCGCCGGCGGCACCGACACGGACACGGUCACGCCGGCGGCGCCGCUCAUGGGGAACCGGACGCUGGUGUCCGCGGGGCGCGCCAAGUACGUGCUGGGCUUCUUCGCGCCGGACCCGGACGACACGGCCGGGCGGACGUACCUCGGGAUAUGGUUCAACGGCAUCCCCGAGCGGACCGUCGUGUGGGUGGCCAACCGCGGGAGCCCCGUCCUGGGCGGCGUGGACGCCGCGCAGCUCAGGGUCCUUGCCAACGGGAGCCUGGCCAUCGUCGUGGACGACGACCAGCAGCAGCAGGGCGCCGUGGUCUGGGCGACGCCACCGCCGCCGCCGGGCACGACCACGGCCACGGCCAGCAGCAGCACCGGCAACGCCACCGCGCAGCUCCUGGAGAACGGCAACCUGGUGCUACGGGUCCCCGGCGCCGGCGUGGUGUGGCAGAGCUUCGACUACCCCACCGACACGCUCCUGCCCGGCAUGAAGCUCGGCAUCGACUUCCGGACGGGGCUGGAUCGGCGCAUGACGUCGUGGCGCGCCGCGGGGACCCGUCCCCGGGGGACUACACCUUCCGCCUCGACCCGCGGGGGUCCCCGGAGCUCUUCCUGUACCGCCGGUCGGCGCGCACCUACCCAACGGCCUCCUCACCUUCCGUUUCGUCGCCACGCGCGACGAGGCCUACUACAGCUGCGGCGUCGUCGACAGCGCCGCCGCGCCGCUCACGCGGUUCGUGCUCAACUCGACGGGGCAGAUCCAGCAGCUCAUGUGGAUCGACAUGACCCGGUCCUGGAGCGUCUUCUGGUCCUAACCGCUCAACGAGUGCGACGGCUACCGCGCCUGCGGGCCCUACGGCGUCUGCAGCGUCGAGCGCAACCGGUCUGCAGCUGCAUGUCGGGCAUCGACCCGCACUUCCCCGCCGAGUGGGCGCUCAGGGAUGGCUCCGGUGGGUGCAGGCGACGCACGGACCUCAACUGCACCGGCGACGGCUUCGCCACGCUCACCAACAUGAAGCUGCCGGAGUCGGCCAACGCCACCGUCGACAUGUCCCUCGGCCUUGACGAGUGCCGGCAGAGCUGCCUCAGGAACUGCGCGUGCCGGGCCUACGCCAGCGCCAAUGUCAGCAGCCCCGGGGCGACGGGCUGCUUCAUGUGGACCGGCGACCUUCUCGACAUGAGGCAGUUUGACAAUGGCGGACAGAAUCGCUUCGUCCGGCUUGCGGCAUCCGAUCUACCUCUCAGCUCUUCCUCAGCAGACACGGAUGCGCGAACGAAGAGGCUCGUCGAGAUCAUCGUCCCAUCGUUUGCUGCACCGGUGCUGCUGCUAGCUGGACUCUACUGCAUUUGUGCCAUGAAGAUGAAACGGCGCAGGAAGGAGAAGGAAGCUAUCCCCCUGGCGUUGCUGAGAAACGCGCAGAGGCAGAGCACACCGUUCGGACGAAGGAACCAGAUUGCUGCAUCGACUGAUGUUCAGGACGACUCCCUGCAUAACGGCCAGGGCAGUAGUAACCAGGACUGCGAUCUGCCGUCGUUCGACGUCGAGACGAUCCAGGGCGCUACGGGCAACUUCUCGGUUCACAACAAGACCGGCCAGGGCGGAUUCGGCCCCGUCUACAUGGGGAAGCUGGACAAUGGGCAGGACAUCGCCGUGAAGAGGCUGUCGCGGCGGUCCACGCAGGGGCUCCGGGAGUUCAAGAACGAGGUGAAGCUGAUAGCCAAGCUGCAGCACAGGAACCUGGUCAGGCUUCUGGGCUGCUGCAUCGACGGUGGGUACAUGUCCCCUGAAUACGCCAUGGACGGAGUCUUCUCCAUGGAAUCCGACGUGUUCAGCUUCGGCGUCCUGGUGCUCGAGAUCGUCAGCGGGAAGAAGAACAGAGGGUUCUACCACACCGAGCUCGACCUCAACCUCCUGAGAUAUGCGUGGAGGCUGUGGAAGGACGGCGAGAGCCUGGAGUUCAUCGACCAGUCCAUCGCGGACACGUCCAACGCGGCGGAGGUGCUUAAGUGCAUCCAGGAGCAGCCCAAGCGCAGGCCCACCAUGUCGGCGGUGACCACGAUGCUCACCUGCGAGAACCCCACGCUGCCAGAGCCGUGCGAGCCGGCGUUCAGCACGGGGAGGAACCACGGCGGCGGCGACGACGACGACGAGGACCCGGAGGUGAAGGCCUGCCGGUCUGACAGCGCUAGCAGCUGGACUGUAACCGUAGUUGAGGGUAGAUAG